UAGCCUAGCCUAGCCACGGAGUCUGCUGCUGGUGACGUGUCUUUAAGUGACUUCUUUUCCCGGCGGAACGGCCAACUGAUGCCGCACAAACUGCUUUAAUCCAACUCACCGGGAGUUUAACGCGUAUAGGUUUCGUACACGGAGGAACAACAUGGGAAUUAAAUUUUUAGAGGUGAUAAAGCCCUUCUGCGCUGUCCUGCCCGAGAUUCAGAAACCCGAAAGGAAGAUUCAGUUCAGAGAAAAGGUGCUAUGGACAGCUAUCACUCUCUUCAUAUUCCUGGUCUGCUGUCAGAUUCCACUCUUUGGGAUCAUGUCAUCAGACUCUGCAGAUCCAUUUUACUGGAUGAGAGUCAUCCUGGCUUCGAACAGAGGUACAUUAAUGGAGCUGGGUAUUUCUCCUAUUGUGACCUCUGGUCUCAUCAUGCAACUGCUGGCUGGAGCGAAGAUCAUUGAGGUUGGGGACACGCCAAAAGACCGAGCACUCUUCAAUGGGGCACAGAAAUUGUUUGGCAUGAUCAUCACAAUUGGCCAGGCUAUUGUGUAUGUGAUGACUGGGAUGUAUGGAGAUCCCUCAGAGAUGGGUGCUGGAAUCUGUCUGCUCAUCAUCAUUCAGCUGUUUGUAGCGGGUCUGAUUGUUCUGCUGCUUGAUGAGCUGCUGCAGAAGGGCUACGGCCUUGGCUCCGGCAUCUCGCUUUUCAUUGCCACCAACAUCUGUGAGACUAUUGUUUGGAAGGCCUUCAGUCCUACUACUGUCAACACUGGCAGAGGAACUGAGUUUGAAGGAGCCAUCAUUGCUCUCUUCCACUUGCUUGCCACGCGCACGGACAAGGUGCGCGCACUGAGAGAGGCCUUCUACCGUCAAAACUUGCCCAACCUCAUGAACCUCAUAGCCACAGUCUUUGUUUUUGCUGUGGUCAUAUACUUCCAGGGCUUCAGAGUGGAUCUGCCAAUUAAAUCAGCCCGGUACCGUGGCCAGUACAACACGUAUCCCAUCAAGCUGUUUUAUACCUCCAAUAUUCCCAUCAUCCUCCAGUCUGCCUUGGUUUCCAAUCUGUACGUCAUCUCCCAGAUGCUCUCUACCAGAUUUAGUGGGAACUUCCUGGUGAACUUGCUGGGAACCUGGUCUGACACUUCCACUGGCGGCCCUGCUCGUGCCUACCCAGUUGGAGGGCUGUGCUACUAUCUCUCUCCCCCUGAGUCCUUCGGUUCAGUCCUUGAUGACCCAGUCCACGCUCUCAUUUAUAUUGUCUUCAUGCUGGGAUCUUGUGCAUUCUUCUCCAAAACCUGGAUUGAGGUGUCUGGAUCUUCUGCCAAAGAUGUUGCUAAGCAGCUAAAGGAACAGCAGAUGGUGAUGAGGGGACAUAGAGAGACCUCCAUGGUACAUGAGCUCAACAGGUACAUCCCUACAGCAGCAGCAUUUGGGGGGCUGUGCAUCGGUGGUCUGUCUGUGAUGGCUGAUUUCCUUGGAGCCAUUGGCUCUGGAACUGGGAUUCUUUUGGCUGUGACAAUUAUCUACCAGUACUUUGAGAUUUUUGUCAAAGAACAAAGUGAAGUGGGCAGUAUGGGAGCUCUACUGUUCUAAAACUUUUCCUCACCAGUCCCACCAUCAAUUCUGGUAUUGUUGUUGUUUUACUGACUUUUUUAAAGUUUCAAAAAGCCCACAGAAUCAAUGUGGAUGCUGGGGGAGUCCGUACAGAAUUUACAGAAAAUUUGCAGUGUUGUAAUAGGAUCUUUAGGAGCUAGAGAUAUUGGAAAGGGUUGGCUUUUUAUUUACAUCUCAGCAAGCCCAGUAAUAUGCUGGCAUUUGCCGGUGUCAUGGGAACUUUGUCGGAAUGUAUUUCUCAUAAGAAAUGGUUAAAGCACAUUUUUAUUUGCUGUUAUGUUAACUCCCCCACCCCCAAAUUGCAUGGAUACUUCAGAAAUUGCUGCUUAUAGACUGGAUUGAGGCACUGUCAGACAUGUUGACAUUGUUUAGUAUUUGGUCACCUGCUAUUUCAAGUAAACCAAUUCAUUACCCAGGUGGGUGUUUGUUUUGCUUAAAAAAACAGUCAGUUUUGUUUUGCUUGUUUAUAUGUUGAGUCUUGCACCCUUUGAGGCCUGUAUCUGGCUGUUGGUGGAAAACAGCAAUGAGUUUUUUUUUUUUUAUUUUUAUAUAUAUAUAUAUAUAGGUUUUUUUUUUUUAGCCACAGAAUUAAAAUUUGGCAGCUGUAUCCCAGCCGCUGGCCUCAUACAACAAACAUGGUUAAAAUACAAAACUCUUAAGGCUAUGAGAAUGUUGUUUGAUCCAAAAGAAAACAUUCACUCAAGUCUUACUGAGAGUAUUCUGGUUUAUUAUUCUAUUGAUGCUAGGUAAAGGUAUGGAUAUGUGCGUAUUUGUUUGGGUUUUUCAUCUCAGACCAAAUGUGCUAGAUCCUGCUUGGCAGGCCUAGGUAGGUUGAAUACCUUUUUCCAGUAUAACUGUAUAUUACAAAAACCUCAUGGAUUUUGCUAUUACAUAUCUUCAGUGUAAAAUUAUGUUUGACUAUGUAAAAAUAAUAAAUUGCAUUUAUUAAUAUCCUUGUUAAACUGCUGUUCACCUUAAAAAGCUACAAAAACUUUUUGCCACUCAUUUCUGCUCAUUCCAUAAGUAUGGCACUUGAAAACUUUGUGGUCAAUGUAAAGAGAAUGGCACAUUUUUUGUGUGAUAUUUCUGCUGGAUCUGUGCUUAACAGCACUAAAAAUA